ACUCUACUUUUUUUUUGACAAAACUCACACACUCUACUUACUCUCCUCUAUCCUUAUAAAAUACUUUCUCUACCUUGAACUUUCCAACUCCAAAACUUUCUCUAACCCUCUUGUGAUUUUUCUUUUACCCCUCUCUCUCUCUCUCUCUCUCUCUCUCUCUCUCUCUCUCUCUCUCUCUCUCUCACAAAUGGAGUUCCUCUCUUUAAUUUAUCUAGUUGCAGCAUUGUACUUUUGUUUCCUAAUAUGGAAGCUAUUUGAUCAAAAGAAGGACCAAGAGUGCUAUAUAUUGGAUUACCAAUGUUACAAGCCAACACAAGAUAGAAUGCUAGGGACAGAGUUAUGUGGCAAAAUAAUCAAAAGAACAGAGGAUUUGGGUCUAAAUGAGUACAAAUUUCUCCUGAAAGCUAUAGUAAGUUGCGGCAUUGGCGAACAAACUUACGCGCCAAAAAACGUCAUUGAAGGCCGCGAAGCAUCCCCAACACUGAACGACGCAAUCUCAGAAAUGGAAGAGUUUUUCAAUGAUAGCAUUGCAAAACUCCUCGCUAGGUCAGGCAUUUCCCCCUCCGAAAUCGACAUUCUUGUCGUCAACAUCUCAAUGUUUACCUCUCUUCCCUCACUAUCGUCACUCAUCAUUAACCGUUACAAAAUGAGACACGACGUAAAAGUGUACAAUCUCACCGGAAUGGGUUGUAGUGCUACUCUUAUAUCAUUAGACAUUGUUAAAAACAUUUUCAAAUCACAAAAGAACAAGUUAGCACUUUUGGUCACUUCAGAGUCACUUAGUCCAAAUUGGUAUCCUGGUAAUAAUAGAUCAAUGAUCUUAGCCAAUUGUCUUUUUCGUACCGGAGGUUGUGCCAUUCUUUUGACAAACAAAAGAUCCUUAAAGAACACAAGUAUAAUGAAAUUGAAGUGUUUAGUAAGAACGCAUCACGGCGCCAGAGAUGAGUCGUAUAAUUGUUGCCAAAAAAUGGAAGAUGAGCAGGGCAGGGUUGGUUUUUAUUUAGAUAAGGCUCUCCCAUUGGUAGCAACAAGAGCUUUUGUUGACAAUUUAAGGGAAAUUUCACCCAAAAUUUUGCCAAUAAGGGAAUUGUUUAGGUUUCUUGUUGUAUCACUUUUUUUUAAGAAACUCAAGAAGAUAGCGAGUUGGUUAGGUUCCGAAACAAAAAUAAGUACUAAAUCAUCAUUGAAUUUUAAAAGUGGUGUUGAUCAUUUUUGCCUACACACAGGAGGAAAAGCAGUGAUUGAUGGAGUUGGAAAGAGUUUAAAUCUAAGUGAAUAUGAUCUUGAACCAGCAAGGAUGGCAUUACACCGUUUUGGUAACACUUCUGCUAGUAGUUUGUGGUAUGUGUUAGGAUACAUGGAAGCAAAAAAGAGACUUAAAAAAGGUGAUAAAGUUUUUAUGAUAAGUUUUGGUGCUGGAUUUAAAUGCAAUAGUUGUUUAUGGGAAGUAAUGAAAGAUGUUGGUGAGGCAAAUGUUUGGGAAGAUUGUAUUCAUGAUUAUCCACCUCAAUCUUUGGCCAAUCCUUUCAUGGACAAGUAUGGUUGGAUGAAUGAAGUUGAGGAUCCAAACUCUUCUGAAAUUCGUAAUUUUCUAAGUGAAGAAGGUAAUAAUUAAUGAGUUUAAUUGUUGUGCACGGUUAGUGUAAAGUAAUUUCAUUCUUUAUUGUGGAAAGAAAUAAGUGUAAUUUGGCUUUUUUUAGUACUAGAUUUGUUGACAAGUAGGAUCAAGGUUAUUGAUUGUGCACUAAUUUCAUUAUAUAUUAUGUAUUAAUAAUAUUCAUUACCCAAUAAGAAGUUUUCUACUUUUGUUUCA